AUGACCAAAGUUAUUAUCAUCUCGUCCGAUGACGAGCGCUUCCCAGUCGACAUUGAAACUGCUAGCAAGUCUCUCUUGAUCAAAAACAUGAUUGCAGACUUGAAACCUGACUUGGGCGAUGGCGACGAUGAGGAUUUCGAGAUUCCUACUCCAAAUGUGAGAGCGAACGUUCUUAGCAAAGUUUUGGAAUGGUGUGAGCACUACAAGAACACUGUCUUCUCCGACGAAGAUGAUGAAGAUGCCCGUAAAUCAGGCGGAAUUGAUUCCUGGGACCGCAAUUUCUUGAAGGUUGACCAGGAGAUGUUGUAUGAGAUAACAUUGGCUGCCAAUUACUUGAACAUUCGUCAGUUGUUGGACACCGGAUGUAAGAUCAUUGCUGAGAUGAUCAAGCACAAGUCACCCGAGGAGUUGAGAAAGACAUUCAACAUUGUUAACGAUUUCAGUCCAGAAGAAGAGGCUGCUAUUCGUAAGGAGAACGAAUGGGCGGAAGACAGAUAG